AUGGCCUCUCAGAAGAAGUUGUCGCUCAAGGAGAAGUAUCCUGAGAUCUAUGCUCAAACAAAUCUUGAUCGGACAGGACGUGAGCGUGUUGUACCUAUGGAGGUUUUGUCGCUCAGUCUGGGACGAACCGGCACGAUGUCACUACGAAGACGUCUGCAGACCAUACAACUGACUAGAUCUUAUGCAACUCAGNCGAUGAAAGCAGCCUACGAGAUUCUCGGCUAUCCAACCUACCACUACGUUUCUAUGAUGGAAAACNCCCCCGACAUCGAUCUCUGGCUAUUGGCCUUAUCUCGAAAAUACUCUUCCCAUCCUGACUCUGAACCCUUCAAUCCCUCCGAGUGGGACGCUCUUCUCGGUCACGUCUCCGCAGUGACAGAUUCACCCAUCAAUGCAUUUGGACCUGAACUCAUCUCUGCUUACCCCCACGCCAAAGUCGUCUUGGUAGAACGGGAGGUAGACAGUUGGUACAAGAGCUUCGAGAAGAAUGUCAUUGCCUCGUUCUCGGCGCCCCUGACCAGGGUGUUGGUAAAACUGGACCCUGGGUUUAUUGGCAAGCAAGGCGAGAUUGGCGAUUUCCUUAUGCAUGGACAAUGGCAAGCAUCCAGUUUUGAUGAUUGGCGGGCAAAAGCCAGACAAGGAUAUCUGGAUCACAAUGCUCUGAUAAAGAAACUGGUGCCCAAGGAACAAUUGUUGGUUUACAAGUUGGGAAGUGGAUGGGAGCCCUUGUGUACGUUUUUGGGCAAGGAGGUUCCUGGAGUUGAGUUUCCGAGGGUUAAUGAGACUGAGGAGUUGCAGGAGAGAGUCUUCUUGGCUCUGAUGUUGGGGUUGAGGAGAGCAAUGUUGCGGUAUGCGAAGAUGAUGUCGUUGGCGGUACCCCUGCUGGUUGGAGUCUGGUAUCUAUGGCGAAUCAUCCCUGCUUGA